AUGGCCCUGCAAGCCCCGUCGUCUCUUCUGCGCGCGCCGGCGCCGGCGCAGCGGUCCGCGCCGCCGCUCCGGUCCUCGUUCUCCGCGCCGUGCUCGCUGCGGCUGCCGGCGCCGGCGCGCCGCCGGGUGGCCAGGGCGGCCACGGCCGCUCGGAUCACCAUGCGGGUCGCGUCCAAGCAGUCCUACAUCUGCCGUGACUGCGGGUACAUCUACAACGACAGGACGCCGUUCGACAAGCUGGCUGAUAACUACUUCUGCCCUGUUUGUGGAGCUCCAAAGAGAAGGUUCAGACCCUACGAGCCGGCAGUCGCUAAGAAUGCAAACUCCACUGAUGUUAGGAAGGCAAGGAAGGAGCAGCUGAAGAAAGAGGAAUCCUUGGGGCAAGCCUUGCCUAUUGCUAUUGUCGCCGGGAUCGUUGCCCUGGCUGGCCUGUACUACUACCUCAACAAUGUCUACAGUUAA